AGCGCUCUCCUCCCUUCAGCUCUGUCGCUUCUCUCUUUCUCUCUCACCCGGGCGGCGGAGCGCACCGGUAGCGUUGGACUAGCUGUUUAUAGCUCACUGGGACUUCAGAUAGUGACCGUGAUUUCAGGGGACCAAAGAGCACACUGUAGCAGAGAGGCAGCAAAGAUAGAGGACGAAGAGAUGUCACGAAUUUUGAGUUCACUUCUGUCGACUCGUGAGAACGGUCUUCUCUUCAGUUUACUAAGCCAUGACUGUUCUGUUUUAGCAUGUGGUAUUGUCGAGCUGGUAAUGGCAGCCCCUCCACAGAAAAAGGAGUGGAAAAGUCACAGUUUUGGAGUUUUAUGUCUGAUGCAAGAUAAAUCUGUACAUUCAACAUUCAUGAGACUCUACUGUCUUAAGAGAGCCAAGCUGCAAUGGGAACAGGAGCUGUAUACACCAUUUGGGUACUCAGAAACUUGUCCUUAUUUCCACACCUUCCCUGGUGAUGAAUGUCAGAUAGGAAUAAACUUUGCGGAUGAAGAUGAAGCCAAGCAGUUCUACAUUGCUGUGCAGAAGCAGAUCAGUGACAACAAAGCAUCUCACUCAGGACUUACACGCAGAUACAGUGUGGGGGCUGUUUCUGACUGGAAAGAAAAACUUGACGAUUGUCUUAGAGGAAAUGAAGUGCACAAGAGGUUUUCCCUUAGAAGUGCAUCCAGAGUUCCACACUGUCUUGAUUCAGAUGCAGCAUUUCCAGAGAGCAAACCAACAGUUGCUAGCACAAUGUCCAGCCAAUCACAUGACUCAUCACAAGAGUCUACAUCGCUCGCCCAGAGGAAAGGGCUCCUCCCACCUAUUCCCAUUCAUGCCAGAAUAGCCACGUUGAAGUUGAAUCCCAAUGCUAGCAUGCAAAACUUUGACUCCACUAUUCCCAAACCACCAUGGGUGCCACCCCCUCCAUCUUACCAGGCCCCUGCAGCCCCUCCAAGUUCAGCUAUUAAAGAUCCCUACUCGGCUGGAAUGAAGCAACAUUUUCAUUAUAAUGCUGGCAUCGGGGAUGAAUCUGGCUAUGAUGACUACCUUUAAAACUUCCAUCCUUUCCAUCAGAUGGGACUUUAUGACUGACUAACAGCAGGAUGUGGUCACCCCACACAAACACUUCCACAUGGAAUAUAUAUUUCUUUAUUAACUAGCCUAUAUCAUAGGAAUUUCUGCAGAACAACUAUAGACUUUUUAAAAGAAUGUUUAAUGAUAUAAUCAAAUGAUAUAAUCAAAACUAAUAAAAACAUAAC